CAGAAAUUCCACCGAGUCCGUUACUGGGCUCAGACUUUUAAGUUAAUUUACUGCCCACCCCCCAACCUUGGCUAGUAACCAGCGCCUUUAGGGUUGGCCUCCCCCCCAGCUCUCGCCUGAAAAUGACAUUUCGCCGGCGUCUCCGGAGGGGGCUGAAUUUCACUUUGUAACUUUCUGCGGAACCCGAGCCCGGGUGGCAGCUCGGGUGGUGGUAUCGUAUGCAAAUACGCAUGCUGACGUUACAGAUCAUGUGGGUUUUGGCGUAGAUUCCCCACUGAUCGAGACAUUUUUUUCCCCUUUUUUUUCUUCUUUUUUUUUUUUUUCUUUUAAAAAUUUUGGCCACUGUUCUCCGUACGGGGGCUUCUUCUGUCUGUCUGUCUGGCAGGCUGGCUUUCCCCCUCUUUCCCACGGAGCCCGAGCCGGGCGCCCGGUGAGGAGUGGGGAGUGGGUGGGGGGAGCCAGCAGAGUUCCAUUUUGGAACGCCCGUGCCGCGUCUCCACGUUCCCAGCCCGGGUCCCCGCGUUCCCAGCCCCGGCGCAGGUCUUGACGCCCUGACUGCCCUCGGAGUCAAAGUGUAGAAAGAUUCCCAGGAUGUAAGCAAUCCAGGACUGGAAGCCUCCGGGUGGUGUUCAUCUAAGUCGGGCGUAACUCGCAAGACCAUGUGGUGCAGACCCAACUGAAGUCAGAGGAACCGCUCAAGAAUAUAUGAUGCUGCCUCUUGUGUUCAGCCGUUGGAGCACUUACAGUUUUCUGUGCUGAAAUCAUUCUGGAAACCCUAGACUUCAGCAUUCAAGGGAAGCCAAAGCCAUUGGAAGGGGCGUAAAGCCAAAAGCCUUUGAUCUUAGAAUCCCAAAAAUCUCACUGCCCCUUCCCUGCCCACCCCCUCCGGCCCCCCAUAUAAGCCAUUGCACACAGGCAACAUGGCGAGCAAACGAAAAUCCACAACCCCGUGCAUGGUUCGGACAUCACAGGUAGUGGAACAAGACUUGCCCGAGGAAGGAGACAGGGCCAAAGAGAAAGGAAUCAGCACGCCACAGCCGGAAACGGCCAAGGACACGUGGGCAGCAGAACCUGAGAACUCUUCCAAAGAAAAUGAAGUGAUCGAGGUGAAAUCUAUGGGAGAAACCCAAUCCAAAAAACCCCAGGGCGGCUAUGAAUGCAAAUACUGCCCCUACUCCACGCAAAACCUGAACGAGUUCACCGAGCACGUCGACAUGCAGCACCCCAACGUGAUCCUCAACCCCCUCUACGUGUGUGCCGAGUGUAACUUCACAACCAAAAAGUACGACUCCUUGUCUGACCACAACGCCAAGUUCCACCCCGGGGAGACCAACUUCAAGCUGAAGCUAAUCAAGCGCAAUAAUCAGACUGUCCUGGAGCAGUCCAUCGAUGCCACCAGCCACGUCGUGUCCAUCACCAGCAGUGGCCCCGGAAGCGGGGACAGCGAUCCUGGGAUCUCAGUGAGUAAAACCCCCAUCAUGAAGCCAGGGAAACCGAAAGCUGAUGCCAAGAAGGUGCCCAAGAAGCCGGAGGAGGCUGCCCCCGAGAACCACGUGGAAGGGACCGCCCGCCUGGUAACAGACGCAGCUGAGAUCCUCUCGAGACUCGGGGGCGUGGAGCUCCUGCAGGACACGUUAGGACACGUCAUGCCUUCUGUCCAGCUGCCACCAAAUAUCAACCUUGUCCCCAAGGUCCCCGUCCCGCUGAACACUACCAAAUACAACUCUGCCCUGGACACCAACGCCACCAUGAUCAACUCCUUCAACAAGUUCCCUUACCCAACCCAGGCCGAGUUGUCCUGGCUGACAGCUGCUUCCAAACACCCAGAAGAGCACAUCAGAAUCUGGUUUGCCACCCAGCGCUUAAAACACGGCAUCAGCUGGUCCCCGGAGGAGGUGGAGGAGGCCCGGAAGAAGAUGUUUAAUGGCACCAUCCAGUCAGUCCCUCCAACCAUCACUGUGCUGCCCGCCCAGUUGGCCCCCACAAAGGUGUCACAGCCCAUCCUCCAGACUGCUCUCCCGUGCCAGAUCCUGGGCCAGACCAGCCUCGUGCUGACUCAGGUGACCAGCGGGCCAGCAACCGUCUCCUGCGCCCCCAUCACGCUUGCCGUGGCCGGGGUGACCAACCACGGCCAGAAGAGACCCUUGGUGACCCCCCAAGCUGCCCCCGAGCCCAAGCGUCCACACGUCGCUCAAGUGCCAGAGCCCCCACCCAAGGUGGCCAACCCACCACUGACCCAGACCAGCGAGCGCAAGAAGACGAAAGAGCAGAUUGCACACCUCAAGGCGAGCUUCCUCCAGAGCCAGUUCCCCGAUGACGCUGAGGUCUAUCGACUCAUCGAGGUGACCGGCCUCGCCCGGAGCGAGAUCAAGAAGUGGUUCAGCGACCACCGCUAUCGGUGUCAAAGGGGCAUCGUCCACAUCACCAGCGAAUCCCUUGCCAAAGACCAGUUGGCCAUCGCGGCCUCCCGACACGGUCGCACGUACCACGCAUACCCAGACUUUGCCCCACAGAAGUUCAAAGAGAAAACACAGGGUCAGGUGAAGAGCCUGGAGGACAGCUUUUUGAAAAGCUCCUUCCCGACCCAGGCAGAACUGGACAGGCUGAGGGUGGAGACCAAGCUGAGCAGGAGAGAGAUCGACUCCUGGUUCUCGGAGAGGCGGAAGCUUCGGGACAGCAUGGAACAGGCCGUCCUGGAUUCCAUGGGGUCCGGCAAGAAAGGCCAAGACGCCGCGGCCCCCAACGGUGCUCUGUCUCGACUUGACCAGCUCUCCGGUGCCCAGCUGGCCGGUUCUCUGCCCAGCCCCUCACCAGCAAUUACAAAAAGUCAAGAGCAGGUUCAUCUCCUGAGGAGCACGUUUGCCAGAACCCAGUGGCCAACCCCCCAGGAAUAUGACCAGCUUGCUGCAAAGACAGGCCUGGUCCGAACUGAAAUCGUGCGUUGGUUCAAAGAGAACAGAUGCUUGCUAAAAACUGGAAGCUUAAAGUGGAUGGAGCAGUACCAGCUGCAGCCCGUGGCGGAUGAGCACGGCUGCGAUGCCCCGUCGAGGAAAGGGGCCAAAACCAUCCUCACUGAGAACCCGAAAAACGGGAGUGAGGUGGGUCAGCCCUAUUACAAGGACCCCAAGAAGCUCAGCGAGGACGACCUGGAGAAGCUGGUCCCCAAGGCGAAAGCGGGCAGCGAGCAAGCAAAAGACGGUUUGCCGGUGAAGCCCUCAGAGGCCACCUCGGACAGGUCGGAGGGCAGCAGCCGGGACGGCCAGGGCAGCGACGAGAACGAGGAGUCGGGCGUCGUGGAUUGGGUGGAGGUGACGGUCGGGGAGGAGGAUGCCAUCUCUGACAGGUCGGACAGCUGGAGUCAGACGGCGGCAGAAGGCCCCGCGGAGCUGGCCGACUCGGACUCCGACAGCGUCCCCGCCGAGGCUGGCCAGGCCUAGCCAGGGAGCCUGGCAGAACUGCUGUGCUGAUAAAGGGGAUGCUCUGUCUUUGAAGAAAGAAGAGAACUUCCCUCCCCGGCUGUGGGCCACCCUGGCCAGAGACUCCAAGUGGAAGGACUUAGCAUGCGGGUGCCUGCGGCCACAGGAAUCCCAGCUGCCUUCACGCGCACGCACGUCCCAGAGGCCCGGUGGGAACUGUUCAGAGUGCCAAAGUCCUACUACUGCGUUUUCCAUGGCUCCUUGUACAUAGUUUGCUCCUCUGCCCGGGCCCCUGCCUCUUGCUAUACUGGAACCGAUUUGUACAAUGUGGGAAUUUUGUUACCUUUUUAAUCAAGGGCAACUUCCUUUUCCAGCACUACCAUUGUAAGGUUUUUUUCCAGCAGGGAGGGCGGAUCACAUGUGCUUUUCUUUUUUUUUCCGUUUUUUUUUUUUUUUUUUUUUUUUUAAUUUGGGGGAGGCGGGAUAUUAGCAUUAGUGCCAUUAUAUCUACUGGAUUUUAGGUAGGGAGGGUUCGCUUUUCAAGGUAGUUUGAAAGUGGGGAGAUUUCUUCAGGGGACAGGCUGAGGCUCAGGCAUCUGGCUUAACCCAGAGGGCCAUGUGCAGUUUAACAGAACUUCCAGAUCAAAUCCAUGUCCAGUUUUUUCCCAGCUGUCUUUGGGGUCCCUGCUUAGCCACGCACAAGGAUUUCUGAACCGACACCAGGCCAGCCUGGUCUCUGAGGUCAGACCUUGUGCCCAGCCAGCACCAAGAGAACCAGAGGGGGUGUGGCUACCCUCUGAGCGUCUUUUUAGUAACCAGCAGAAAGGGCUCCACAUGCAUUAGCGUCAUCUUUACUUUUAUAAAAUAAAAACAAAAGAUCUUCCUAACUGGAUGGUACAGAGAGGAACAGCUUGGGUUUUCGCUUCCGUUCCUGCCUUUUCUCAGCGUGGUUUUUGAUAAGAUUUCAGCUUGACGCUUCACCAUGAAUUGAUUUGUUUGCGUGUUUUGUUUUGGGCCAAUUUUAGAUUCCUGAGUGCACUUUUUUCCCUGGGUUAGUCCUAACUUUUAAAGAAGCAAAACCAAGAGACAUAUCUGGUAUACAUGUUGCAAUAUGAAUUGUGUUUGCAGUCCCUUCCCCCACCCCCACCCCCCCAAUUUGAGUACACUGCAGAAAUAAAAUGUUAGGGAGUUUGGAAAAGAAAAAAACAAUUUUUCUAACUUGUUGUUCAUUUGUUGUAACUCAAUAAAGCAAAGACUAAACAUUUUUAUAACCUUU